CCUAUUCCCCUCCCUUUCCUUCAACACUCUCAGUCGGUUCGCCCGCAGCACUUGCGUUCUCUCGGCCGGGUUUCACUCCAGAGAUGGCUGCGAAAGUGUGUAGAUCUGUCCUCCUCCUGUCCCGGAGCAGUGGAGCCGUAGCCUCUUCUGUUUUUCCCGCAUUUGGUGUCUCCUUACAUCGACACCAUCAGAGCACAAGAACGGAGGCGCUGUCUGUUCCUCUUGGAGGUCACCAGACUAUCAGGAGAGCACAUGGUCUGAAAACAGGUGCCAGGUCUGCAUUUUUCAGCCACCCCAGUGCCACUUUGACAGCCCAGGGUUGGAGAGACUCUCCCUCAUGGCAGGGUCAAAGACUUCUGUGUUCAUCUGUUGCUACAGAAGACAUUACAGUGGUGUAUCAGAACGGCUUGCCGGUGAUCUCUGUGCGCCUGCCGUCCCGACGAGAGCGCUGUCAGUUCACCCUAAAACCCUUGAGUGACACGGUGGGUGUUUUUCUUCAGCAGCUGCAGGCAGAAGACAGAGGCAUCGAUAGAGUCGCCAUUUACUCUGAAGAUGGAGCAAGGAUAGCGUCCUCUACAGGGAUUGAUAUUUUACUUUUGGAGAACUUUAAGCUUGUCAUUAAUGACACAACGCAUCUAGUGCAACCGCCAAGCAGAGAUCUGCUACCUCACGAGGAAGCGGAUCGGCUGAAUGAUGUCAAGUUUUUAGUACAGCAGCUCUACACCACACUGCGCAUAGAGGACCAUCAGCUGAACAAAGAGAGAGAGCUGAUUGGACGACUGGAGGACCUCAACUCUCAGCUCCGCCCACUGGAGAAGGUUAAAGAUGAGCUAAGUAAGAAAGCAGAACGCAGGACCACGUGGGUUCUGUGGGGUGGGAUGGCCUACAUGGCCACGCAAUUUGGCAUUCUGGCACGGUUGACCUGGUGGGAAUAUUCAUGGGAUAUCAUGGAGCCGGUCACAUACUUUAUCACCUACGGCACAGCCAUGGCCAUGUACGCUUACUUUGUGCUGACACGUCAGGAAUAUCUUUAUCCAGACGCCAGAGACCGACAGUAUCUGCUGUUCUUUCAUAAGGGAGCCAAGAGGACACGCUUUGACAUUGAGAAAUACAACAAACUGAAAGAUGCUAUUGCUGAGGCGGAGUUGGAUCUAAAGCGUCUCAGAGAUCCACUGCAGAUGCACCUGCCCCUCCAGCAAAUCGAUGCCAGCAAGGACUGAUGACAACGUGAAGCUCUCACUCCUCAUCUUGAUUUCAUUAUCUCCCCGUUCCGAUUUGUUUUCUCUAGCUUUUAUCUUUAGUUUUAUCUCUACCACCUCUGUGUAAAACCAUAUUCACAUCAAGCUUUGGAUUUUUUAUUAUUUCGAUUGUUCGCUCUUUCAUUUCCAGCUAAUUUGGCAAGUCUAUGCAGAGGACAAGGGGGUGCAAUUAAACGAAAGAAGAAACGACAUCCCUGACAGAAUGGAGUGAUGACUCGUGCUUGCUAAUCUGAGUGCUUUUAUAACGCUAAAGGACCGCAGAGAGAAACGCAGCUGACAAAAAGUUCCCACUACCUUAAAGGGAUUCAAACAGUACAGUACAUUGCUCCAGACAAUGAGCCCACGUCUUGCAUGGGAUACAAACACUCAAAGACUCUGAGGUCUACAAACCAUCUGUCCUUGGGUUGAAAGGUUUUUUCCACAUUGGAGUACUUCUGAUAUUCCUCAUUUUGACACUUUGCAGAAGAGAUUUUUGGAUGCGUCCCUCUUUCCUACUCGGGAAAAUCUGUUUACCAUCACGCCAGACCUGUAGCGGCUAAAACGCCGCGUCGACUCCUGCACCUAACAGCCUAAGCUAAACCUUCCUGACUCGACCGACUCUCUCCUAUAUGGACCUGAUCGAGCUGAAGAUAGAUCUGACAGCUAAAAUAUCACUGUGUGUACUAUUAUUCCAAAAAGAGAAAAAUCAAAGAAAUUUUGGCACUUUUUUAUUUUAAAAGCCA